UCAUGAUAAAACGGAAUAUAAUUAUCUGAGCUGAGUAACAGCCGAAUGCUAACCCUGUGUCAUUGUGAUGUACAGAGACCAGGCAGCAACACUUGGACUUCAGCGAUCUUCAGCCUCCAACACUAUGGUGAUAUCUGCAGCUGAGGAGAAGACACCGUGGAUAUGCCUGGACCAACACUAGUGAGAGAUGUGCUCAGUCACCAAACCCAGGCUUUCACCACACUGAUCACCCUUCUGGAGGAGAGGGGUAUAAGGUGCAACAACAUCUACCUUGUGGAGGGGGCAUCAGGCAGUAGCCUGUGCUACACCAGACCCCCUGCUAGACUGACUGACCUGGAUCUGGACUUAGAGGGGUCAGAUACUGCAUCAAUCUCUUCUACUAGAUCACUUACACUGGCACAAAAGGCUUCACGGAAUCGUCUUUCCAGAGUCGCACGGUCUACUCUGUCACUUCUAGUGGUGGAAGAAAACAUUCUGGACCACUUGCCUUUGGACCAUCAAUUUUCUAUGCAGCUCAAAGACAGUAUAGAGUUCAGAAACAUCUGCACACAUCUGGCUCUCCAGACGGACGACCGGAGGUUUGAUCAAGAUCUGAAUUUAGCUCAGAAAUGCUUAUCCACGAUAAUCACCAAUAUGACCUGGGAUAUAACCAAUAGGAAUUGUGAUUUCUGUGAAACCGUCCAGGAGCAGCUAAAACUCAUACUACAGAAGCUCCAUGAGGACUAGCAAGAGAUGCCAGCGUCCUGUGGAGGACAGAUGUCGGUGUACUGCAGAGGGCAUGUUAUAGAUUAAUUUAUUGACUAUUAUAUUCACUACAAUAUGCCUUGCUCUUCUAACAAAGCUGUGACAUGGCCUGGACAUGGUCCGACCAUUGAUAUAACCUUUAUUGGGGACUGGAUAUUUCGCCUGCCAUUGGCCAUUGGGUUGACAUGGACUUGGUGUCACACAACAA